CGCGCUGCUGCUCGGCCUGGGUUUUCAUCUUCUACAUCUAGUUCUUGGAACCACUGUGAUUCCUUCGUGUAUCCCGGGAGAAUCUGAAGACAACUGCACAGCUUUAGUUAAGACAGAAAACAAUCCACGUGUGGCUCAAGUGUCAAUAACAAAGUGUAGCUCUGACAUGAAUGGCUACUGUUUGCAUGGACAGUGCAUCUUCCUGGUGGACAUGAGUGAAAAAUACUGCAGGUGUGAGGUGGGUUAUGCUGGUGUCCGAUGUGAGCACUUCUUUUUAACGGUCCAACAACCCCUGAGCAAAGAAUACGUGGCUCUGACUGUGAUUCUUAUUCUCUUCGUUCUUCUCUUCGUCGCUGGCUCCAUAUACUACUUCUGGAGAUGGUACAGAAAUCGAGAAAGUAAAAAGUCAAGGAAGGAGUACGAAAGGGUGACCUCAGGAGACCUGGCGUUGCCACAAGUCUGAGUGGCGCCACCAAGCUCAAGGGCCGGGAUGCACAGCAAGCCUGAUGAUGUUAAUAUUCCUAUUUUAUUAAUAAUAUUUAUGUUGGGUCAUGUGUUAAGUCAACAAUGGUAUAUUUUUAAUAUAUUUGGAAACUUUUUUACUUCUGUUUUAUUUUUAACAAACUAUUUGUAAAUGUACACAAACUAAUAUAGAAAGAAAAUUGAUAUUUUUUUUCUUGAGCUAAGUGCUUUAUUGAAAGCUUCAAACUUAUUUGUCUGCUACAAAUAAGUUGCUCGGGAAGUGUCAGCAAAGGACAGAUUUCUGUAAGCCUAAAUAUAUGGUCAAAUCAGUUUAAUAAGUAUAUUUUUCCACUCCUCAAAGCAAUGAUGAUUGGUUUGUUUAUACCGUAGUUUGAUGUAUAACUUGACUCCACUGUGUCAUAUAUUGAAACAAUGAUAUAAUGGGAAUUGGGGAGAAGCAAAUAUAGAUCGUGUGCUAAACACUACACAUUUGAAACAAACUAAACUGGGAGAGCUCUGCUCCCUCCAGGCCCAUCCUCAGCUAUAACUCUGUUUACCUGCUUAAAGGGGAAGUAGACAAUUCCUUAUUCCAACCCACAGCUCCUAUGGAUACUAGUCACCCGUCUAACAGAUUCUCCUUAAGGAAAAUGAACCAAUUUAUACCAUCUUUUAUGCAAAUAGUAGAUAUUUUUAUAGCUUCACAAAGUUCCUUUUUUUGUACAGCAUUUAUGUGAGGCAACUCUUGCUUCUGAGACAAUUUUUUUUUUAAAAAAAAUCCACACUUACAGCUUCUUUUUAAGAGUAUUUAUUUUUGUAAGGAUUUUGUUGAAUUCUAAGGUUAACUCAUAGUCCAAAAUUUGAUGGACUAAUCAUUAUUUUAAAGUACAAGACAAUAGUUAUAUAUAUUGUCUAAAGGCAGAAAUAGUUGUUUUCUACCGAAUAAAUUUUUAACUUAAGAAAUAAAGUAAGUAGCUUCUUGUAGAAUUUGAAAUUAUAUAUUUAAAAUUAUAUCCUGAUGCAGAACAUGGGGAAAACAAGAAAAAAUAAGCCAUAAUGUAUUUUUCCAAAUGAACACAUUUGAAAGUUUUUACAAUUUAGACUUAACCAUUCAUUCCUUCUGAUGAAGACUGGGAUGAAACCAGGGCCUUAUUUUCUGUCUUUUGUUUAUUUUGGGGAAGGGACUAUGGUUUCUCCUGUGCUCAGAGCCUAUGGUCUCAGUGAGCUAGUAAGGAUGCUUGGGGCAACUGCAUAAGGAGUCACAGCUGUUACCACCUGGGUGUUGCAGGGAGACUAUCUCGCUGAAUGUAGACCUUUAGUUUCUCAGCAUCACACACUUGAUCAGGGAGCGUCUAUUCUUUCCCACUUGUUGUCCUGACAUGUGCUAGGGCAACAAAGAUAAAAUAAGUGAUGGCUAACCUCUGAGGUGCCAGGUGCCAGGACUUGCUUCCACAUGUACCCCUGCAUUAUAUAGCCUGGUGCAUUCACAUGAUGCUUAUCCAAAGUCCUGAACCUGGUUCUUUACUACUAGGAGAACAAAUUAUUUGUGUAUGUGUGCAUAUUCACAUACAAACACACAGGUACAUGUGAGCUCAGUUAAUCAAAUUAUAAUCACUUGUCACUUUAUCAAAAAUAUAUAAAACUUAAAAACAAGAUAAAGAGAAGUAAAAUAAAAUUCAGUGAGCUCAAAAAGGAUAUUUCUGUUUGCCAUCUAAUAUAGCUGAAGCCAAAUGUGUAAGAACACAUUUUAAAUCCUAUACAUACUUAUUGACACCUGUAAACAAAGUCUGCCUAUUUUAAGUGAUCUGCAUUGCUUCAGAGUAUUUAUUGACUAACCAAGAAAUCAGCUUCAAUUCAUUAAUUUUACUGACAAGAAGGAAGUCAUAGUGGUUUAUCUGAAGCAUCUCAACUCAUAUUGCAUCACUAAUUGUAAGUAGUUAGGUGUGUUUUUAAUCUUCAUUUAAGGAUGUUUAUAAAACUAGCCCCCGUAAAAGUUAAGUCUUUAUUUAGAAAUACAUGUUAAAUAAUCAAAAGGUAGGACCCAGAUUGCUUUUUGUGGAUGAAAAGUAAGUAAAAAAUAAUUGCCUUAAUGAGGAUAAUGCUGGGCAAAAAUAAAAGUAAAAUUAUUACUAUUAGCUCAUGUUUCCUAUAAGCAAUGGAAAUAUUUUGGUUCACAUUUAGUAUGUCUUCCUUAUUUUACAGAUUUCUCACUAUAUUUCUAGAAGGGGCUAUUCAUAGCCAAGAUAUUGAGAACAAAUGUAAAUCCAAUGUAUAUAUGAUAAUUCAUGGCUUCCUACCAAGACCAUACAAUAAUGUAACUCGCUUAACAUACUCUAUAGCCAAGAACAUAAGUACUAUGAUUAGUACUAAAGGUUUUACCUCAAAAUUGAGAUAUAUGUGUAUAUAUGUGUGUGUGUAUAUAUAUAUAUACAGAACAUUUAUAGUACAAUAGAUCACUACCAUUCUAGACAUUUUUUAUUUUGCUCUCAUCUUUCUGCCAAUGUCAAAGCAAUGGGAGAAAUGGUGCACUAGCAUGACUAGUCUAACUCAGAUUUUUAUUUUGUGUCUGGGAAAAAGCUAAAAUCAAUUUCUGUCAGAUAAUAUAUUUUCAUACAACAAAUGCAUAAUACUAGGUUCUAAUUUCUAUUGAUUUCAAUAAUGCAGUUUGUAAAAGCUAAUGUCUGAUCCACUUUGUCAUUUUUGCUGCAAUAUCCAUUCUACAGACUUGGAAAAAAUGCAUUUAUUUUGCUUCCUAAUAUUUUCAGUUUUUUUCUACUCUUACUUAUAUGGGAGAAAAGGGAGUAACAGCGUAUAUAAACAGUGUUCUGGAGUACUUUGUAAUACUUUAAUUUGAGAAAAAUUUUACCUAAAACAUAGCUGUUAUUCAAAUUGGUACAAUGUUAAAAGUAUUUUUCUCUUUGCUUUUUUUGUAUUCUGUAAUUGCACUUUUUAAAAUUGAAGAGCCAUUUUGGUAUACAGUUUAUAUUAAAGAUGCUAUGGAACAUAAAGUUGUAUUGCCUGUGGAUUAAAGUAACUUAUUUGAUAAUGAAUUUUAUCUGAGUACUGAAUUGUAUCAAUUUGUUUGUGUUCAAUAUCAGCUUUGAUAAUUGUGUACCUUAAGAUAUUGAAGGAGAAUAUAAUUACUUUACAAGAUAUUGUUAAUGUUUAUUUAUUUUUGUUGAGAAAUG